GGAGGCAGUGCGCAUGCGCGGUGGUGCUCUGGUCGUGACAGUGACACACACUUCCUCUCCGCCCAUCUGCGAUAAACACCUUCUGCACACAGGCGCGGAUAUCAUGGCUGCCGCGGAUGUGGACGUGUUUUCUGAUGAACAGAAGCGGACCCUGGGUCUGGGCGGGCAUGUCGGCUUUGACAGUCUCCCUGAACAGCUGGUCAGCAAAUCCGUGUCUCAGGGUUUCUGCUUCAACAUCCUGUGUGUGGGGGAGACUGGUAUUGGCAAGUCCACGCUGAUGAACACCCUUUUCAACACGAUGUUCGAGAAUGAAGAAGCCAGUCACUAUCAGAAUGGUGUAUACUUGCGGCCGAGAACCUAUGACCUGCAGGAGAGCAAUGUCCACCUCAAGCUCACCAUCGUAGACACGGUGGGCUUCGGGGACCAGAUCAACAAAGAGGAGAGUUAUAAGCCCAUUGUUGAUUACAUCGACACACAGUUUGAAAACUACCUGCAGGAAGAGCUGAAGAUCAAGCGCUCGCUUUUUGAUUACCACGACACCCGAAUCCACAUCUGCCUCUACUUCAUCGCCCCAACAGGACACUCGCUCAAGUCCCUGGAUUUAGUCACCAUGAAGAAGCUGGACAGUAAGGUGAACAUCAUUCCCAUUAUUGCGAAAGCUGACACAAUUUCCAAGAGCGAACUUCACAAGUUCAAGAUUAAAAUCAUGAGUGAGCUGGUGAGCAACGGUGUGCAGAUCUACCAGUUCCCCACGGACGAUGAAGAGGUGUCUGAGAUCAACUCCUCCAUGAACGCUCAUCUCCCCUUUGCUGUAGUGGGCAGUGUCGAGGAGGUCAAAGUCGGGAAUAAGGCUGUCAGAGCCAGACAGUACCCCUGGGGCGUGGUCCAAGUGGAGAAUGAGAGUCACUGUGACUUUGUGAAGCUGAGGGAGAUGCUGAUCCGUGUGAAUAUGGAGGACCUGCGAGAGCAGACACACACUCGCCACUAUGAACUGUACAGACGCUGCAAACUAGAGGAGAUGGGCUUCAAAGACACCGACCCUGACAGCCAGCCCUUCAGUCUACAGGAGACCUACGAGGCGAAGAGAAAAGAGUUCCUCGGUGAUCUGCAGCGUAAGGAAGAGGAGAUGAGGCAGAUGUUUGUUAAUAAAGUGAAGGAGACCGAGGCGGAGCUGAAGGAGAAGGAGCGAGAGCUUCACGACAAGUUUGAGCAGUUGAAGCGCAUGCACCAGGAGGAGAAAAGGAAGGUGGAGGAGAAGAGGCGAGAACUGGAGGAGGAGAUGAACGCCUUUAACAGGAGGAAGGUGGCAGCUGAGACGAUGUGUCUCUCGCAGCCACUCAAGAAGGACAAGAAGAACACUUCAGAGAAACGCGAGACUCAAUCAGGUGCAGCUUGCUCCAACUCCAAGAUGAUGAUGGCCAAAGCCAACGUUGAGCCGCUGAAGUGCCAGAGCUGGUGGCAGUGCUGUACGUGUCUCGUCCACAGCAACGCCUGGAAGGAAGGUUUCUUCUGAAUGAAGGCCACAGAACUGAACAAACCGACAUCACGAGCUCAAACUGACAGAAACACAGCCGCGGCCACAAACUCGGUACCACCAGGAGAACGAAGGUCUUUCUUCUGAUUCUCUUCUGCUAUAUCUCUCUGAUAACACUCUCAGCCACGCCCCUACACUCUCAGCCACGCCCCUACACUCUCAGCCACGCCCCUACACUCUCAGCCACGCCCCUACACUCUCAGCCACGCCCCUACACUCUCAGCCACGCCCCUACACUCUCAGCCACGCCCCUACACUCUCACACAUGCCCCUACACUCAUACACAUGCCCCUACACCAACAGCCACGCCCCUACACCCAUGCACAUGCCCCUACACUCAUGCACAUGCCCCUACACCAACAGCCACGCCCCUACACCCAUGCACAUGCCCCUACACUCAUGCACAUGCCCCUACACCAACAGCCACGCCCCUACACUCAUGCACAUGCCCCUACACCAACAGCCACGCCCCUACACUAAUGCACAUGCCCCUACACCAACAGCCACGCCCCUACACUAAUGCACAUGCCCCUACACCAACAGCCACGCCCCUACACUAAUGCACAUGCCCCUACAACAGCCAUGCCCCUACACCAACAGCCACGCCCCUAGACUCAUGCACAUGCCCCUACACCAACAGCCACGCCCCUAGACUCAUGCACAUGCCCCUACACCAACAGCCACGCCCCUACACUAAUGCACAUGCCCCUACACCAACAGCCACGCCCCUACACCAACAGCCACACCCCUACACUAAUGCACAUGCCCCUAAAACAGCCAUGCCCCUACACUCAUGCACAUGCCCCUACACCAACAGCCACGCCCCUAGACUCAUGCACAUGCCCCUACACCAACAGCCACGCCCCUACACUAAUGCACAUGCCCCUACACCAACAGCCACGCCCCUACACUAAUGCACAUGCCCCUACAACAGCCACGCCCCUACACUCAUGCACAUGCCCCUACACCAACAGCCACGCCCCUAGACUCAUGCACAUGCCCCUACACCAACAGCCACGCCCCUACACUAAUGCACAUGCCCCUACAACAACAGCCACGCCCCUACACUCAUGCAUAUGCCCCUAUAGUCAUGCACAUGCCCCUACACCAACAGCCACGCCACUACACCCAUACACAGGCCCCUACACGGUCAUGCCCCUACAUGGUCACACCCCUACAGCCACGCCCCUAAGCCACAGCGACGCCCCUAUACUGUCAUGCCUCUACACUGUCAUGCCCCUACAGCCAUGCCCCUACACCCACAGCCACGCCCCUAUACUGUCACACCCCUACACCCACUGUCAUGCCCCUACACCCACGCCCCUACACGGUCAUGCCCCUACACCCACAGCCACGCCCCUACACCCACAGCCACGCCCCUACACCCACGCCCCUACACGGUCAUGCCCCUACACUGUCAUGCCCCUACACCCACAGCCACGCCCCUACACCCACAGCCACGCCCCUAUACUGUCAUGCCCCUACACCCACAGCCACGCCCCUGCACCAACUGUCAUACCCCUGCACUCUCAGCCACAUCCCUACACUGUCAUGCUCCCUGCACCAACAGCCACACCCCUACACCUGCACCCACGCCCCUACACCUGCACCCACGCCCCUACACCUGCACCCACACACCUGCACCCACACACCUGCACCCACACCCAUCUGGGCGUUGAACAUUCAAACUCCAUCUCUCCCUGCUGUAAAAAAAAAAAAAAAGCCAACUGGAGCGAACAGCUCAACUCUGUUUUCCAGUGUGAUGUGUCGUGUAGCUCAGUAUCCUGUUUUGUUUUUUGUUUUUUCUCUCACACACACACACACACACACACACACAUGUAUUUUGUAUGUGAAGCUCCUUGAGGGACAAAAGUAAAACAGAAUUAUCAGGACGUUAUGUUUCCAGGUAACAGUGACAUUCUGAGGACAGAGCCGGGUUUUUUCUUUGACGAGACGUUUCAUGUUUGUUUUUAUUUAUUUUUGACUGGAUUGUAUUCACAAGAUUGCAAAGAAUGGAUAUUUAUUUGAAAAAGAUUUAAGGAAAUUUAUUUUUCUAUGCUACUAGAUAUUUUUCAUUUCAUUAGCAGUUAUUAUAUUUCAUUGUUUAAAACAUGACACACAUGAGAGAGAGAAAAGAUACAAAACAUUUAUUUGAUUUAGUUUCCUAUCAGUGUAUACAUUUUUGUAAGAAUCUCUCUAAAAUGAAAAGAUAGAUUUCAUUUUUGUGUUUAUAAAAGCAAAUUUCUGGAAAGUGCCCGCCUUUUAAAAGAGUGCCAAAGCAGCGUUUUACGACAUUCACAACAACAAAAACAUCCGUGAUGAGCUCAAGAUUUCACCAAAUCUGCGAGUGCCACGAUCACUUCACAUGAGAUUUAAAAGAAUGGAACCACAGAGAAAUAUUUCCCGUUUUUGAGGCAUUACUGCUUUUAACAAAAUAUUAUAUAUGAAAGCACAAAGAUAAUUUAUCUAUUCGAAAUGCAUAAAGGUUUAUUUAUAACGUGGUACAAGCCAGAUCAGUGCCUUGACCAGAUUUAUUUCCCACGGUUUCUCCACGUCUCUGAGCGUUAGCAUGUUAGCGUAUGGCAGAUCAUUCCUGGCUCAGGGUUAACGGCCCUUAAAGGAGAUACGCAGAGCCAUGGCCUCAGUUUUCGUUUAUAAAUGCCUUGAGACCUUAAGAAUGGCACAGGAAUAGUUUUAAGCGUUAACAAUAAAUCUAAUAUAGUAAUGUUUACGAUUAAAGUGAUUUAUAUAGGUAGCGGUCUGAGUGAAUGACCUUGACGUCCAUAACGUCACAGCAGGAAGUCUAUCGGUCUCAUCGCCAUUUCCACUAUACUACAAUACAGAGCUGACUGCAACUCCGAUCCUACAUUUAGAGCUAAUUUAUCGCCAUGCCAUGUAGAUGUGUUGCUGGCCGGUGCAGCAACAUGACAGAAGGUGGAUUUACGUUGCAUUCACGGCCCAAGAAUGUUCAAACUGCAAAGAUUUGGACGCGUUUUGUGAGAAAUUCACGGAUUGGACGCCUACAAAGUGGUUUCUCCUCUGCUCUGCACAUUUUCCUGAAGACUCAUACGAGACCUCUGAUCUGUUGAGGAGCGUUGGCUAUAAGCCCGGAUUGAAAGAGGGUGCAGUACCAACAAUUAAAGAAAAAGGAAAGUAAGUUCAGUUGCACCAGUUCUCCCGGAGUGUGAGCUGAGCAGUAAUGGCGGAGUACUCAGUAUGGAGAAAAUAGAGAAUGAGUGGACCAGUCGUCAGAUUUCUCCACUAGAUGCUUUUUAUUUAUUUAUUUUCCCCCGCUGGAUACGCUCGCCUCAGCAGCAAUAUCUCGCCCUUAUGUGGAAGAAGUGAAUGAACGAAGAACUGAAAGUCAGAUUGUUUCAAAACAAUCGGCCACAAUGUCGGCCUUCAAGAAGCGAGAACACAGACGGGUAAGAUGCGACUCUCAUUUGGAUACAAAACAAAAACACUCGUCGUUUACCUGCAUUUAGAUUAAUACAUGUAACUUGUAUUGUGUGUUUAAGUUAGCGGUAUAAGAUUAUUUAAUUUGCUUCAGAAUGUGAUUGUCUCAGUUCAUCUGAUUAUUUAAUGAGCCUUUUACGGUUUAUCAGUGAAAAUGCAUGCAUGUACAUGUAGGCUGCAUAAGUUAUAACACCCAUCCUGUUUUAAUGAGUCACAUGAGACCGUCAGUUCAAUUCCAUCCAAUUCUCUAGACAGCUUUGUUCUCUGGCUUUAUUUCAUAAGGCAGGGGCCUCCGUGGCCGACGUGUUACUAUCAGAUUCACUUUCCGAUGGUUUGAACUGAUAUGGUUCUACAUGUAUACAUCUAUAGCAGUAGCAUGUACACACACUCCAAUUUCAGGACUAUCACAGUCAGAUGUAUUACUAUCUGAGGAAUCCGAAGAAUCUCCAAUAAAUCCAAACGAAGAGGCCAUUGCACCCGCUCUCACCUGCCGAGUCUGGCUUUGGUCUAUAGCACCGGUUCCCGCUGUGACGUCAUGCACUCAGGGCUGGCUGGCUCAGCGGGGCAGCUCCAAUGCCAGCUUCACGGUCGAUUUUAACUCUCAAAAUAUAUUUUAUAUUCCCAAUUAUGCAGCAAACAAGAGCUAAGGACGGAGAUACUAUCCGCUCAGAAAUAUAUUUAAAAAUAAAGGUUCUGUGUAUCUCCUUUAAAUCAGUGCACAGUCUGAGGGAUCAGGACACGUGAGGCCGGUUGUUUUUAGCUUUGCGUAAACGAGAGGUCACGUUUCCUCCUGUGCGUUUUUGUACGGUUGUGUUUGGUGUUGUGUAAAUAACUGAGAAGGAAAAAAAAUGAAGUCAGCUGUGAUUUACAUUGUGAAUGAAAAGUUCUGCAGUGGUGUAAAGGUUCUAGUACCAGCUUGGCAAAGACGAUCCACUCGGCGCCAUCAGGUCUCUAACUGACCCCCAAUCACCUGCAACAAGAAACGUCCCAAAAUAAAACAACUCCACUGCU